AAGGCUGACAGAGACUUAAAAUCGCGGAGUCCAGCCUCCUUCCCCGCCUGGAAACAUCUGCUAGAGCCCCUUGCUGGAGGGCCAGCUUCAUUGUCUUCGCAUCCCUGAAAUUUCUGCCAGGAACUGGAGAGGGACCUGACACCCUGCCAGGGACAAGGUAGUGAGAAAUUUCCAGAGAAAAUGCUAUUCUUGGUGAGGACCACGUCUCUGCUUCCAUUGCUCUCUCUCCUUCUCCUGAGUGUGGUGACAGCAUCUUGCUCAGAAACAGAACCCUGCGAGAAGCCCCCACAGAUCUGCCCUGUGAUCACCUGCGGUUCUCCAGGCAUUAACGGCUUCCCAGGCAAAGACGGGCAUGACGGUGCCAAGGGAGAAAAGGGAGAGCCAGGCCAAGGGCUCAAAGGUGUGCAGGGUCCUCCUGGAAAGGUGGGACCUCCAGGAAAUCCAGGGGUCCCUGGGUUACCAGGAGGAGUGGGCCAAAAAGGUGACCCUGGGCAAUGUCCAGAUUGUGAUAAUGACCUGGCGGCGUCUGAAAGAGAAGCUCUGCGGUCACAACUGAACCAUAUCAAAAAUUUGCUGAUCUUCUCUGUGGGUAAACAAGUUGGAAGAAAGGUUUUCUUCACCAAUGGCGAAAAGAAGAACUUUGAAGAAGUGAAGGCACUGUGCGCCCAGUUCCAGGGCUCUGUGGCCACCCCCAAGAAUGCUCAAGAGAACGAAGCCAUCCUGGAUAUAGCCAAAGGAGAGGCCUACCUGGGCAUCACAGAUGUGGAGACCGAAGGCCAUUUUGUGGAUUUGACAAGAAAGAGACUGACCUACAAAAACUGGGAUGACGGUGAGCCCAAUGAUACUGGCUCUAACGAAGACUGUGUGGUAAUCCUGACAAAGAACAGGAAGUGGAAUGAUGUCCCCUGCUCAGAUUCCUUUUUGACAGUUUGUGAGAUCCAUGUCUGAGGAAGCAUGUCCCUCAGGCCCUCCUGUCCCUUAACCUCAUCUCAGGCCCACAGUUUGCUUUAAAAGAUAAAUCUAUACCAAUUUUUCCAUACCCAGUAUUGAUUUGUCCCUUUGUGGGGAAUCAGAGAAAGUGAGAAGAAUGGACUGAAGGCGGGGAUGUGGGAGUGAGAAGUGAGAAGAAAGUGGCAGGAGUACAGUGAGAGUUUCUCACUCAGACCCAAUUGCUAACAAUAAUCGCUAACAACAACAACAAAAUCAUAACAGUAGCAGUAAGUAGAAGCAGCAACAGAAGUACUGAUAAUAUAUUUUUAAUGUUUCUUAUGACUCAGACCCUAUAUUAUGCAUCUUAUAUUAAU